GCACCAGGUGUGGCCACUAGCCUAUAUGAAGGCCCAAAAUUGUGUGUUCCUUUCUGCUCUGACAAUGGCAUGCCCAUUCGUGCGAGAUGUGGUGGAUGAAGAAGCACUUGUGCUGAGGAGAGCCUUCAGGCGAGAAAGGGUCUUCAGGGACCGGUUGGACCCACUGGCCUUCCCUGAUGACCAUCUAUAUGAAAGAUACAGGUUUUCUGCAGAUGGCAUCAGGUAUCUAUGCAGACUACUGGGUCCCAGGAUUAAGCACCGCACUGCACGGAGCCAUGCACUGAGUGUGGAGCAAAUGGUUUGUGUGGCCUUGCGCUUUUUGCUAGUGGAGCCUUCCUGUACUCAGUGGGGGAUGCAGAACAGCUGAACAAGGCCACAAUUUGCCGCACAAUAAGGAGUGUGUGUCUGGCUAUCAAAGCAUUAGCAGAUGUCUUCAUCUCCUUCCCUGGCCACAGAAGACUCUGUGACAUCAAAGAGGAGUUCUAUAGGAUUGCAGAUGGUUUGCAAUGCUGACUGUGUGAUCAGCAAUGUUGUGGCAAAAUGGCCUGGCUCAGUCCAUGACUCCAGAAUCUUUCGGGCCUCUGAAAUCUAUCAGUGCCUAUCACAAGGUGAAUUCUCUGGUGUGUUGCUGGGAGACAGGGGGUAUGGCUGCCAGCCUUUUCUCCUGACACCUUUCACAGACCCCCAGGAAGCACAGCAGGCCUACAACCAUGCCCAUGCCAGGACCAGGGCCAGAGUUGAAAUGACCUUUGGCCUCCUGAAGGCACGCUUUCAAUGCCUUCACAAAUUAAGGGUCAGCCCUGUUAGGGCAUGUGAUAUUACUGUGGCUUGUGCUGUCCUCCACAAUGUGGCCUGCCUGAGGAAGGAGAGGGCCCCCAGAGUGCCACCAGCCAUGGACUGGGACAAUCCGGCAAUCUUCCCUGAUGACGACAGUGGUCGGCUGCUGAGGGACCAAUAUGUGUUGAAUUAUUUUAGUUAGUAUGUGUGCUUUCAAUUUUGGUUAAAUAUGUCCUGCGGUGGCAGAGGAAUUUGGG